AUGCAUAGGCCCCAUACUUGCACCGAUCCCUAUUUGUGUAUUCUUUGUUGCAUUUGCCGCCAUAACUCAAAAACCCGUUCGCCUCCUUCAAACGAGUACCAGUAUUAUCAACAGGAGGCCGUCCAGCCAUCUCAUCCAGCCCGUCUGCCUGGUAUCUCGAACUUCAUGAAGGACUCCCAAAUUUCCCUCAAACCGGCCACCUAUUACACUGCUGCUGGUAGUCCAACGAUGAAUGAAUACCGUGUGGAAAAAGUGGCUCCUGCACUGGUGGAGCAUCCAUAUAUUCAACUAGAACAGCCUACAUAUGCAGACUUCACAAAUGCACAGGUACUCAGCCAUCAGCAGGAAAUGCUACAGAUGAACUUCCCAACACCAUUAUCCACAAAUUAUAUGAACACAGCUCCAGUAACACAGUCACAACAAGUACCCUUCAAUAUAUUUGAAUUGAUAUCGGAUUCACGACUCGUGUCACCCAAUAAACAUCAUCAAAACUUCAACACGAACCUCUCCAACUUCACAAACUUUCCACAGUCGGAAACGCCGCUUCCCUUACUAAAUAACUCCCCACCACAUUCAUACUCUACAAUGCCCAAUUUUUCACCGCCCCCGCAAGACCCGCUUGUCAUCGAGCCGAAGCCAAUAAAAAAGAGAAUGGCAGCAGUCCAAUGUCACCAAAACUCAAUCUGCUCGAACUGCAAAACUCGUGAGACGACGUUAUGGCGACGAAAUGGCGAAGGUGGUGUCGAGUGCAACGCAUGCAACUUGUACUUCCGUAAGAACAACAGAAAACGCCCAUUGUCUCUGAGAAAAGACGGGAUUAUGAAGAGAAAUCGUCGGCCAAGAACUGAGUCUCCAGGAGCCACGAUGAGAGCUCAUCAGAGAGCCCUUGCACACCAACACGCAGCAGCCUGCUAA